AUGCCGCAAACCCAUCAUCUACCCUUGCUCGCUGCCCCCCCUCACCAAGCGAUACUACCCCCGCUCGGGAAUCAGCUGCAACACCACCAGCACUUUCCAUCGCCGCCGUACUCGCCACAGCACGUCUUCAGUGCUCCACAGCAGUUGCAGUUACUGCCUCCAUCCGUGCCUUCCCACGUGGACCUGACUCUGUCCGGCCCGUUGCGGCGCGGCAAGUGGACACGAGCAGAGGAGAACUACGCUGCAGCCACGAUCUCGUACUUUUGUGACGGUCUUCUGGCCAUUCAGUACGGCACGACGCUUCGCGGGUACUUGGCUCAGCAGCUCCACUGCGACCCGAUGCGGAUUUCGAAAAAGCUGCUUCCAGGCUCGGUCUUUGCUGGCAUCAAGAUCAAUCCCAAGAUCGGACGACGGGCGUACUACCCGUGUGCCCAAGACUCCCCUGCCGCGGCUCGGUCCAAAGAGAACGCGGCACUUCACUUAGCUGGACUCCGUCGCGCGUUCAUUCAGAGCAUUGAGGAAGAAGAGGCUCUGGAAGCCGCCAGCAACAAUGUGGUACUCAAGGAGAACCCGGUUUACUAUGCCAAGACGGCGACACUACCACAAAUGACCAAAAGCGUGGCAACUCUUGCUCGCAAGCGGAGCUACGACGAUAUCAACAGUGUCGUGCGUGCCCAGCAACAAGGACGCCCAGCAGCAACUGUGAAGCUCACGGAGCCACAGAUUGUCCAUCAAGCGCCACGUCAAGCACAGCCGGCACUGUUCAGCUCCCCAUAUGCAGCUACGUCUGCAAUGGUGACGACACCUCCCAGUGUGAGCAAGCUGCCUAAACUGACGAUAACAGGCGACGUGUCUCGUCGUAUUUCCUACUCGACUCAGUCGCGACGGAGCAUGUCACCCGUGACAGUAGCAACGUCAACACUCGUGCUCCCGCCUCUCCGUGUCUCGCUCGUGCGAGCGUCCAUGUGUUAG